GUGUGGCCAGGUCAGGAGCUGUGGCCUUACCCAACUCCAUAUCAUCCCAACAGGGGCACAGUUUUCAUCAGUGAUUCAGGCUUUCCCUGUUGCUAGACCUUGACACAAAUCAACGGCUGCUAGCUCAGCAGGGCUGCCAGGAACAUCCUCCCUGUGUCCUGAUAGACGAGGUCUGCCAUGACACAGGGCCGCAGACUGGGAGGGAGGUUCCUGAGGCCUCCUGUCGCAGUACCCACUCUGUCUUUGCAGAGCUCCCAGGAGGACAUCAUUGAGGUGCUGGCCCAAGGACCCGACUACACCGCCUACGCGGUCAGGGUGCAGGUGCACCAGGCUGACGACACAGUCCAGUGCCUGUCAGAGUGCACAACUGACGUAACUGGUAACCUACCUGAGUCCUGCUGGAUGCAGGACCUCCAUGAAGGCACCUUAGAGCAAGUGGCCACAUCCAUGGUACCAGCUCUCCUGGGGGGAAACAUCCCCCGGGUCUCCACUCUGGCCUUCUGCAGAGCCCAACAGUUCCUGGAGGAGCUGUUAGCUAGGUGAGCACACACUUGUGAAUCUGCCCACUGCAAGCUGUGCGUCUUGAAAAUGUCACCACAUCUUUCUGAGUCUCAGUAUGCUCCUCUGAAAGGUGGGGUGGUGAGGGAUAAGCCUCAUAGCACUGCUGUGGAGAAAAGCCAAGGAAGGUCCUACCUGCUCCCUGGCUCUUCAGACAGGGUUGCCGGAUGUGUGCCGGUGGUUUGUGGCAAUGAUUUCACUCUGUCCCUUGGAAAGAACUCUGACUCACCCAGC